UGAUAAAGUAGGUAUACCUUCGGAGGGAUAUUAUUUACAGAGAGAGGACACCACCGACAGAGACGGAUAAGAGGGGUAAGAAUGAUGAGGAAUAAUACAGGAUCAACGCUGCAGCAACUAUCUCUACGAUGUCUGUCGUGCAGGGAGGAGUAUUGCGCAGACGACGCGGGCACUUGCAAAGAGUGCUACGAAGAGGCAAGCGAAACAGAAGAAGAGCUUAAGAGAGAGAUUGAUGAUCUCAAGACCAAAGUUGCUUUCCUUCGUUUAGGUUCCUCUCCUCUUGAUUCUCACAAACGAUCUCUCUCCCUUGGCUUCUCCGACGUCGUUUUGGUCGCCUCUGAUGAGUUUCACUCCAACCCAGUUUCUCUCCCCGCUCAUAAAGCUGUUCUGGUAAGUCGAUCCCCGGUGUUCAAAGCGAUGCUCGAGAUUGAAAUGGAGGAGAGUCGUAGUGGGACUAUCAAUAUCAGUGAUGUAUCCUAUGAUGCCCUGCGAGCUUUUGUUAACUACUUAUACACUGCUGAAGCAUGCCUUGAUGAGCAAAUGGCGUUUGAUCUCUUAGUUUUAGCUGAUAAGUACGAAGUGAAGCAUUUAAAGACGUAUUGUGAGAAGUUCUUAGUGUCCAAACUGAACUGGGAUAAUUCUGUUGCAAGCUACAGUUUUGCACAUCAGCAUAAUGCGAAACACUUGCUCGAGUCUGCAUUGUCCAUGAUCAUUGAUAACAUGGACAAUUUAACCAAAUCAGAGGAAUAUGCUCAUCUUGUUGAGAAGGAUCCAAGGCUCGUGGUGGAAAUAUACGAGGCUUACAUGUCGAAACAGGUUAACACUGCUGCUAGAAGCAAUUGAUCAUGUUUCAGUCAUCAACUAACUUGCUGGUACCUAUGGAUGUGGAUAGAUUAUGUUUGUAGUUUGUGAAGGGAAGUUUGGAGUAUGAUCUAGUAGUGUGCAUAAGCUAAUGUAAUAUUAGAGUUGUAGGGUUCGGGUCCUGUUCUCCAUACAUCAAGGAGUUCAACAGCGAGUAUCAUCUGCAGACUGCAAUAUAUUGUCAUAUUGAGAUUAUGUUUGGUCAA